GGCGGCGGCGCGUCGAGCUCACGUCUCUCAGCGAGUGUGCCUGCGCGCGAGCCGGCGAGCGGCGCGCGGGCGGCCCGAGCCUUGGCGGUGGUAGCGGCGGCGGACACAGCAGCGGCUGCGGCGGCGGUGCUGACACCUCCCACCAUGGACAGCUUCGACUUAGCCCUGCUCCAGGAAUGGGACCUCGAGUCGCUGUGGGGUGAAGACAUCUUAAGCCAGAGGAAUGAUUCCCUAGUUCUGGAAUUUCAGUCAUCAGCCAGCAGAUGCAGGAGCGUCUAUGAACCAGAUAGGAGUGCAUUACGGAGGAAAGAACGAGAAAGAAGAAGCCAGGAAGCGCAGCAGGACAGUGGCGGCUUUAAUUCCAGUUACUCUCUCUUCAGUGAACCCUACAAGACUAACAAGGGGGAUGAACUCUCCAACCGGAUUCAGAAUACAUUAGGAAAUUAUGACGAAAUGAAAGACUUUUUAACCGACAGAUCCAACCAGAGCCAUCUCGUCGGUGUCCCCAAGCCGGGUGUUCCCCAGACUCCCGUGAACAAGGUAGAUGAGCAUUUUGCAGCUGAGUCAAGAGCCCAGCCCCAGUCCUCAUCUGUCUGUAGCACUGCGUCUUCCACACCUGCAGCUGUCUCUGUGCAGCAGAGUAAGAGGGGCACCAUGGGCUGGCAGAAGACUGGGCACUCAUCGUCUGACGGCCAACAGAGAGCAGCACAACAGGGCUCUCUCAGGACCUUGCUUGGUGAUGGUGUCGGCAGACAGCAGACAAGGGCCAAGCAAGUAUGCAAUGUGGAGGCGGGCCUUCAGACCCAGGAGAGGCCCCCUGCCAUGGCGGCCAAGCACAGCAGCAGUGGACACUGUGUUCAGAACUUUCCUCCAUCCUUGGCUUCAAAACCCAGCCUGGUCCAGCAGAAACCAACAGCGUAUGUGCGGCCCAUGGACGGCCAAGACCAGGCUCCUGAUGAGUCUCCCAAGCUUAAGUCAUCCACAGAAACUGGUGUGCACUGCACAUCCUACAGAGGGGUCCCAGGCAACAAACCCGAGUCAGCCAGAGCCAAAGCCAAGCUUGCUAAGUUCAGCAUCCCCAAGCAAGGAGAGGAGAGUAGAUCUGGAGAGAGCAACAGCUGUGUGGAAGAAAUAAUUCGGGAGAUGACCUGGCUUCCUCCACUCUCUGCUAUUCAAGCUCCUGGCAAGGUGGAACCUAGCAAGUUUCCAUUCCCAAAUAAGGACUCCCAACUUGUAUCCUCUGGACACAAUAAUCCAAAGAAAGCUGACGCGGAGCCGGAGAGUCCAGACAAUGGCACAUCGAAUACAUCAAUGCUUGAAGAUGACCUUAAACUAAGUAGUGACGAUGAAGAGAGUGAACAGCAGGCAGCCCAGAGAACAGCUCUCCGCGCUCUAUCUGACAGCUCUGUGGCCCAGCAGACCAACUGCAGAGGUUCUGUGCCAUCCAGCAAGGGUAGCGGCGGCGGCGGCGGCAGCGGCAGCAGCGGCAGCAGCGGCAGCGGCAGCAGCAGCUCCUCCAGCGACUCAGAGAGCAGCUCUGGAUCCGACUCCGAGACCGAGAGCAGCUCCAGUGAGAGCGAGGGCAGCAAGCCUCCACACUGCUCCAGCCCCGAGGCCGAACCUGCGUCGUCUAACAAGUGGCAGCUGGAUAAAUGGCUAAACAAAGUUAAUCCUCACAAGCCACCUAUUCUGAUCCAAAAUGAAAGGAAUCAAUACUACCCGCCCGUGAAAGAUGAAGGCCAGGACUGCGGGAAACUUCCUGAGAUUUGCCAAGCCAGCCUGAGAGACAAGGACCUCAAGACUGCCUGCAAGGAGGAGCAGCGACCUAGGACCGCAAACAAGGCCCCUGGCAGCAAAAGUGUAAAGCAGAAGUCUCCUCCUGCCGCCGCAGUGGCUGUGACCACAGCUGCCCCGCCACCUGCAGUGCCCAGCGCACCCACGGAGAGUGCACCAGCACCCACCAGGAGGUCAGCGGGCAAGAAGCCCACCCGGCGCACAGAGAGAACCUCAGCUGGGGACAGUGCCAACUGCCACCGGCCAGAGGAGCCCGUGGCCCCAGACACACUGGGGGCAAGUGUGGUGGGACCCCCAGAGCCUCCCAAAACCAGGCCCUGUGGUAACAGCAGGACCAGCCACCGCAAGGAGCUGCGCUCCUCCGUGACCUGUGAAAAAAGGCGCACACGGGGGCUGAGCAGAAUUGUCCCUAAAUCCAAGGAAUUUAUUGAGACAGAGUCUUCCUCUUCCUCUUCCUCCUCGGACUCGGACCUGGAAUCGGAGCAAGAGGAAUAUGUCCUGUCCAAGACUCAGACCACCGCUGGGAGCGAGCCUCGGCUAAAGGAGGCCGGUAGCAGCAACAGCAGCACCUCCCGGGCCCCUGUGGGCUCCAUCAACGCCAGGACCACCAGUGACAUUGCCAAGGAGCUAGAGGAACAGUUCUACACGCUGGUCCCCUUUGGCCGGAAUGAACUGCUUUCUCCUCUAAAGGACAGUGAUGAGGUCAGGUCUCUCUGGGUCAAAAUUGACCUGACCCUCCUGUCCCGGAUCCCAGAACACCUGUCCCAGGAGCCUGGGAUCUUGAGUGCUCCUGCAGCCAAGGACAAUGACAGUGCGCCAGCCAGCCAUGCGUUAGACACACCUGCCGAAAAGACUUUGCCAAAAUCCAAGAGGAAACGCAAGUGUGACAAUGAAGAUGACUACAGGGAGAUAAAGAAGGCCCAAGGAGAGAAGGAGAGUGCUUCACGCCUGGCCGCCUCCGCUAAUAACACCUUGUCUGGGAGCCACUGCAACCUGAACAUCAACAGCUUGGCAAUACCAAUAAACAAAAAUGAAAAAAUGCUCCGGUCACCCACUUCGCCACUCUCUGAUGCCUGUAAACACAAAUACUCCAGCGAGGACCUGACUUCUUCCAGCCGCCCUCACGGCAAUGGGAUGUUGACUUCUGCCUCUUCCAACAAAAAGCCUAAGGCUGACAGCCAGCUGCAGUCACAUGCCGGAGACCUCACGAAAGCAGCUCACAACAGCUCCGAAAAUGGCAUCCUCCAUACUAAGUCACGGCCACAGACUGAGCCAUGGUCUCCAGGUUCCAAUGGCCACAGGGACUGCAAGAGGCAGAAGCUGAUCUUCGAUGACAUGCCUCGUAGUGCAGAUUAUUUUAUGCAAGAAGCUAAACGGAUGAAGCAUAAAGCAGAUGCGAUGGUGGAGAAGUUUGGGAAGGCCUUGAACUAUGCCGAAGCAGCCUUGUCCUUCAUCGAGUGUGGAAAUGCAAUGGAACAAGGCCCAAUGGAAUCCAAGUCCCCAUACACCAUGUAUUCUGAGACGGUGGAGCUCAUCAGGUAUGCCAUGAGACUAAAAACCCACUCAGGCCCCAACGCUACCCCAGAGGACAAACAACUAGCUGCGCUUUGUUACCGAUGCCUGGCUCUCCUAUACUGGCGGAUGUUUCGACUCAAAAGGGACCACGCUGUAAAGUAUUCAAAAGCACUGAUCGACUAUUUCAAGAAUUCAUCGAAAGCUGCCCAAGCCCCGUCUCCAUGGGGGUCCAGUGGCAAGAGCACUGGAAGCCCAUCCCCCAUGUCUCCCAACCCUUCUCCCACCAGCUCCGUGGGGUCUCAGGGCAGCCUCUCCAGCUCCAAUGCCCUGUCCCCAUCCACCAUCGUCAGCAUCCCCCAGCGCAUUCAUCAGAUGGCAGCCAAUCACGUCAGCAUCACCAACAGCAUCCUCCACAGCUAUGACUACUGGGAGAUGGCUGACAACCUGGCCAAGGAGAACAGAGAGUUCUUCAAUGACCUGGACUUGCUCAUGGGACCUGUCACCUUGCACAGCAGCAUGGAACACCUGGUCCAGUACUCCCAGCAAGGCCUGCACUGGCUGCGGAGCAGCGCGCACCUGUCCUAGGGACCAUGCCCUUGAGCCAGACUGCGUUCUCCUCUCCUCGGUGGCUCAAUGUUUCUGGACACUGUGCUACUGACAUUCCCAGCCCACAGCAUUUCCCAAACCACGGUGAACGUUUCCUCAGAGUCCAACAGUGAUUCUUUUAUGGGGCAUGUGUGUUAGGUGUGGGUUUGUACGAAGCUUUCUGCGUGUGUGUGUGUGUGUGUGUGUGUGUGUGUGUGUGUGUAAGAUCAACAGCUCUUCAAAACACGUUUUGUCCGGUUCCUAUAAUCCCAAGCUAGACAAGUGAUUAGAGGUUCCUCACUGGAGGAAAUCCACAUAGCACGUGUGUGCUCACGCUCUCACAGACACAUCCCACCCCCAGUGCUAAGCCAUUGCCUUCUUAGACAGUUCCACCAAAAUCUCAUGUGUUGCUGAACCUGGUGCGAUCCAGCACACCAAAUCAUAACUGCUGGAUGAGUUUAACCUAGCUCUUAUAUUAUUACUUUCAGUAUUAUAUACAAUUCCCCAAUUACUUUUGGUUGUUGUAUAUUAAUGAGUAAUUGAAUAAUGGAAACAAGUCAGUUAUUUUUGUGCCAGAAGUUCACUAGUUUGCAUGUUACCAAAUGCCUUGCCCCUCUUCUUAUACCCUCCCCCGGCCCUCAUUAGCUACUGAACUGAACACAUUAUAAGCCAGCGGAGUCCCACAAACUUCCCUUGCCUUGUCCCCACAUGGUAUAAAAAUGGCACCAGGAUUUGGGGAUAGCUCAACAACCACAAAAGCAACAGUGACCAUUUUGGUUCUU